AUGGAAUACCCAUUAAUUUAUGAUGAUCAAUUGAUCAUUGGUGUUAAGUCAGACGAUGGAUAUUCUCUUAAAUAUGAAUCCAAUGAUGAUGUUAAGUUAAAUCUUGAGAUCUUCAAUCAGAAGAAAACAAUUGUUAUAGAUUCUAGUAAUUCUGGUACUGGUAGACUCAAACGAGAUAUUUAUAAUCCAAUACUUAAAGUCUUAUUAGAAAAGUACAAUGUACAACAUGAUUAUCAUUAUACUGAAUCUGCUGAUAGUAUUUCACAAAUUGCAAGAAAUUUACCUUCAGGAAAUUUAUUAGUAUUAAUAAUCAGUGGUGAUACUUCAGUUAAUGAAUUCUUGAAUUCACUUAGUGGGGAAGGUGGUGAACUAACCAUAGUUAACAUUCCCUUUGGUACAGGUAAUAGUUUGGCAUUGUCCUUAGAGGAUAAUGAAUUAACAGCUAUUGCAAAAUUAUUCACCCUGACUCCAGUGCAUGAAUUCAACUUAUAUGAUAUUUCGUUACCUCCCAAUUGUUGGGAAUUGAAACAAUCUGCUAGGGUCAAACAAAUGCCAACAAGUUAUAAAUUUAUUGUAGUAUUUUCAUGGGGAUUUCAUGCGUCUUUGGUUGCUGAUAGUGAUACCCCAGAGUUAAGAAAAUUCGGAUUAGAGAGAUUUAAGAUGGCUGCAAUGAAGAACUUACAAUCUCCUCAUCAAUACCCGGGAUCAACCUUUAUCGACAAGGAAGAAUACGGAGGUCCUUACAAUUAUUGGUUAAUUACUCCAUCAAGAAAAUUCGAACCCACUUUUGAAAUCUCCCCCGAUGGGUCAAUCUUCGAUGAUUCCUUGUUUUUGAUUUCUUUUGGUGUGAGUGUAGACACCAUGUCCGUAAUGCAACAAGUGUACGACAAGGGAAAUCACAUCAAGAAUCCCGAUGUUAUUUACAAUAAAGUUCAAAAUCAAGAAAUCAUUUUAAAGUUUGAAAAUUUACCUAGCGACGUCAGGAGAUUUUGUAUUGACGGAUUGAUUAUUGAAGUACCACCAUCAGGAGAGAUUAAACUCAAAUCUACUGGUAAUACCAUCAAUAAUUGGAAUAUCUUUAUUAUGUGA